CAAUGGCGCUGCCCUCUUCCUUCUUGGUGGCCCUGGUGGCGCUGGGCUGCAACUCCGUCUGCUCUCUGGGCUGUGACCUGCCUCAGACCCACGGCCUGCUGAACAGGAGGGCCUUGACGCUCCUGGGACAAAUGAGGAGACUCCCUGCCAGCUCCUGCCAGAAGGACAGAAAUGACUUCGCCUUCCCCCAGGACGUGUUUGGUGGAGACCAGUCCCACAAGGCCCAAGCCCUCUCUGUGGUGCAUGCGACGAACCAGAAGAUCUUCCACUUCUUCUGCACAGAGGCGUCCUUGUCUGCUGCUUGGAACACCACCCUCCUGGAGGAAUUCUGCACGGGACUUGAUCGGCAGCUGACCCGCCUGGAAGCCUGUGUCGUGCAGGAGGUGGGGGAGGGAGAGGCUCCCCUCACGAACGAGGACUCCAUCCUGAGGAACUACUUCCAAAGACUCUCCCUCUACCUGCAAGAGAAGAAAUACAGCCCUUGUGCCUGGGAGAUCGUCAGAACAGAAAUCAUGAGAUCCUUGUAUUAUUCAUCAAUAGCCUUGCAGAAAAGAUUAAGGAGCGAGAAAUGAGACCUGUUCAACAUGGAAAUGAUUCUCAAUGACUCAUCACACCACACUUUCCACCUGUCCUGCCAUGUCAAAGACUCUCAUUUCUCCAUUCUGCUGCGACAUGAAUGGAAUCAAUUUGUUCAAUGUUUUCAGGAGUAUUAAAUGACAU